UAUUAACAACAACAAACUCCCAAAACCCAAAGAUGGGAAGAAAAGCAAAAAUGGCUUCUUCUCUCACCGCCGCUUUGGUGGUGGCAGUGCUUUCCAUCUGCCUGCCGGCGAUAGCCAAUGGUGAUAACUACUACUACACUUCUCCUCCACCGCCAUACCACUACUCUUCUCCGCCUCCGCCAGUGCACUCCCCACCACCUCCCUACCACUACUCGUCUCCACCUCCACCAGUGCACUCCCCACCACCUCCAUACCACUAUUCAUCUCCGCCUCCACCACCACCAGUGUACAAGUACAAAUCCCCACCACCACCACCAAAGCACCCGUAUGUUUACAAGUCCCCUCCUCCACCACCACCCGUGUACAAGUACAAGUCACCUCCACCACCUAAGCACCCAUACGUGUAUAAGUCACCACCACCACCGCCAACACCAGUGUACAAGUACAAGUCCCCACCGCCACCAAAGCACCCAUACGUAUACAAGUCUCCCCCUCCACCAACUCCAGUCUACAAGUACAAGUCGCCACCACCACCAAAACACCCAUACGUCUACAAGUCACCACCACCACCGGUUUACAAGUACAAGUCACCACCCCCACCACCUAAGCACCCAUACGUCUACAAGUCACCACCACCACCUACACCAGUGUACAAGUACAAGUCACCACCACCACCACCAAAGCACCCAUACGUGUACAAGUCACCACCACCCCCACCUCCGGUUUACAAGUACAAGUCCCCUCCCCCACCUCCUAAGCACCCAUACGUCUACAAGUCUCCUCCACCACCACCCAAGCAUCACUACGUCUACAAGUCUCCACCACCACCCACUCCAGUGUACAAAUACAAGUCUCCACCACCACCCAAGCACCACUACGUCUACAAGUCUCCUCCUCCCCCAACCCCGGUCUACAAGUACAAAUCUCCUCCACCACCACCCAAGCACCACUACGUCUACAAGUCUCCUCCUCCCCCAACCCCGGUAUACAAGUACAAGUCCCCACCACCGCCGCCUAAGCACCACUACGUCUACAAGUCUCCUCCUCCCCCAACCCCGGUAUACAAGUACAAGUCCCCACCACCACCGCCUAAGCACCACUACGUAUACAAAUCUCCUCCUCCCCCAACCCCAGUCUACAAGUACAAAUCUCCACCACCACCACCCAAGCACCACUACGUCUACAAGUCUCCUCCUCCCCCAACCCCAGUCUACAAGUACAAAUCUCCACCACCACCACCCAAGCACCACUACGUCUACAAGUCUCCUCCUCCCCCAACCCCAGUGUACAAAUACAAGUCUCCACCACCACCGCCUAAGCACCACUAUGUGUACAAGUCUCCUCCUCCCCCAACCCCGGUCUACAAGUACAAAUCACCACCACCACCCACUCCAGUCUACAAAUACAAGUCUCCACCUCCGCCACCGGUGCACAAGCCAUACUACUACUCUUCCCCACCUCCUCCUCACCACUACUGAUCAAUGAAUUUUCCACUAAAUGAGAAUGUCUGAAAUAAGAAAAACGUGGCUGUGGGCUGAAAGAGAAGGAUCCAUGCAAGAAGAGAGGAAAAAUGAGGAGUAUAUUAUUACAAUAAGCCAAAUCCAGACGCUCUUCUCAUAAUUUGUUUAGUGUGUUUUGUUUAAUAUUCUGUUUACUUUUCCCAUCUUUAUGUAAUUUCAAAUAUUCUAUAUUAUAUUCUCCUGGCACAAUGCAAAGCUUUGUUCAAUCCAAUAAAAAAUGUUCCUUUUCAACCUUCUCAA